ACAGUCCCAUCCCGUCCUCCGUGCAUCCCUGCAGCCCUCUGGAGGAGCGAACCCCCUCUCCGCCUGCUCCUCAUCAACCGUGACGUCAGGGCGGUGAGGCACGGGGGAGUUGUCCUCGCGCCGGAGCCCGGUGGAUGCUGCUGAAACAAGAUGGCUGUGCGCGCAGGAGGAGCAGCGGCGGAGAGCUGAGGCAAUGCAGAGGAGGAAGCAGAGGGGGGGCGAGGAAUCUACUCCUGUCUGUCCUGUCCGGUCUUCAAAGGAGCAACAGUCCCGCAGAAGGACAGACGAGUCUCUCUGAGAUGGUGUCAGUUUGUUACUGCCGUUGCCGGUCAGGGUAACGGGUUUCUGUCGCUUUGAGUUUUUCCUGUGGCCAAGACUCUAUAAAGAGGACUGACUAAACAAGCCGCGGAGCACUAAGUAAAGGACAGCCGGGGACGCUCACGCCGCUUUCAGAGAUGUCACUGCUGUGUGUGGGAGUGAAGAAAGCCAAGCUGGAUGGACCCCAAGAAAAGUUUAACACUUAUGUGACUCUAAAAGUGCAAAAUGUGAAGAGCACAACCAUCGCUGUCAGGGGCAACCUGCCUUGCUGGGAGCAGGACUUCAUGUUUGAAAUCAACCGGCUGGACCUUGGCCUGACAGUGGAGGUGUGGAACAAAGGGUUAAUCUGGGACACCAUGGUCGGCACCGUGUGGAUUCCCCUCGGUAGCAUCCGACAGUCAAAUGAGGAAGGUCCUGGAGAGUGGCUCACGUUGGACUCUCAAGUCAUCAUGGCUGACAGUGAGAUCUGUGGAACCAAAGAUCCCACUCUGCACCUGGUGCUGCUUGAUACACGCUUUGAACUGCCACUAGAUAUCCCUGAGGAUGAGGCGCGCUACUGGGCCAAAAAACUGGAGCAGCUCAAUGCCAUGAGGGACCAAGAUUACUCAUACCAGGAGGAACAGGAACGCCCUCUCCGUGUGCCGGGAACCCAGUGUUGUAACUGGAGUCUGUGGGGAGAUCAGCAAAACGAGGACCCAGACAGCGCUGUUGACGACAGGGACAGCGACUACCGCAGUGAAACCAGUAACAGCAUUCCACCUCCUUACUACAGCACGUCCCAACCCAACGCCUCCGUCCACCAGUAUCCCAUCAGCCACCAGCAUCGCAGCUCCAGAAGCUUGUCGUAUCCACGCUCCGGGAACAACCAAGAUCUCGACUACCACCAUCAAAGGACAAUCAGCCCUACUGGAAGCUAUGCGUCUUCUGCAGAGCUCAGCCGGUGCAGCAGCCAGCUCAGUGAAGAAGACUACGGAGGAGAGUACGGGGAGAGGGACCCGUACGACGAGAAUGACUCAUACCACUCCUGCCACUCCUCUGUCAGCUACAGCAAAGGCUCCCCUGACUGGGACCCCGAUGAGACCCAGGGGGCGUACAGUGAUGAGGGCGGCUACAGCAAAGACGGAGGAGAGGAGGUCGCGCUCUACGAGGGAGAUGACGGCGAACUGUAUGAGGGGGAGGAGGAAGGUCUGUAUGAGGAUGAGGAGAUGAUGUAUGAUGAUGAGGACUUGUACAACCUGGACGGGACCCUCAGUGAGGACCUUGAGCCGCCGUUCACUCCCACUCCAACAUCAACCGUUCCGCCGAUGCUUGAAGUGCCCAACUCCAGGCCUCCUCUGGAGAAACAGUCCUCUAUACACCAACAGCCCCCAGGUAAAACGCCCAACCAAACGUCCAAUCAGGCUCAGCCUCCCACAGCACAGCCCCCUGCUGCCCAACAAGCGGCCCAGCCCCCCAAACAACCCCAACCCCAGACACAACCUCAACCCCAAGCAGCCCCGUCUGCCACGUCCUUCUUCUCAAUGGCCAAACCUCUGACAGCUGCAGUCACAGGCCUGGCUUCUUCGUUCCUGUCAUCGGUUCCCGCUGCCCAGCCUCCGCAGGCCCACCCACCAGCGUCAGCCGUUCCUCAGCAGCACCAGUCUCCUCCAGCAAACUCUGUCCCUCCUUCACACCCAGCCACCCUGGCUAAUUCGGCACCCCAGCCGCCCUCCACUGCCACUGGUCCUCCAUCCCAGCAGCCCCCGCACUCCGCGGUGCCACAAUCACACGCCAACGAUCCCGCUGCCACACAGCCAGCCAGUCUCGAGGAUGUUGCACCUCCGAUUGAGGAAGAGUGGUUAGAAAACGAGAUGAUGGAGGAGAAAGAGGUCAGUACUCCCCCUGCUCAGGAGGAGGAGAAGCUUCCUGCAGAGCAGAAAGAGGAGCAGUAUGAAGAGAGCAGACCGCUGACACCAGAAGAGCAACAGGAGGCUCCACCUGAAAGUCCUCCAGUACCAGAGGAGCCGAAGGAGCCAGUGGAUCCAGCAGCCAGAGCCAAGGAGAACUGGCUCAGGCUCUACAACAAGGUCUUAGACCAGCUUCGAGAGGCUCGAGGAGAGACCUCCAGCUCGCUGUGGUUUGGCAAAGGAGGAAUGGGAGGUGCGCUCUAUAGUAUUGACAGCAUGCCUGACCUUCGCAAGAGAAAAGCAAUUCCUCUCGUCAGAGAUCUGGCUAUGUCUCUGGUGCAGAACUCCCGCAAAGCCGGAAUCACCUCGGCCAUGGCUUCAACCACUCUUGGCAAUGAGGAGCUGAAGAGCCACGUGUAUAAAAAGACCCUGCAGGCUUUAAUUUACCCCAUCUCCUCCACCACUCCACAUAACUUUGAAGUGUGGACCGCCACCACCCCCACAUACUGCUACGAAUGCGAGGGGCUGCUGUGGGGGAUCGCGCGGCAGGGCAUGCGCUGCUCUGAGUGCGGCGUCAAAUGCCACGAAAAGUGCCAGGAUCUGCUUAAUGCCGACUGUCUGCAGAGAGCCGCGGAAAAGAGCUCCAAGCACGGCGCAGAGGACCGGACGCAGAACAUCAUAAUGGUGCUGAAGGACCGCAUGAAGAUCAGGGAGAGGAACAAACCAGAGAUCUUUGAGCUAAUCCAAGAGGUGUUUGGAUUGGACAAGACGACGCACAGCACGCACAUGAAACAGAUCAAACAGAGCGUGCUCGACGGGACCUCCAAGUGGUCGGCAAAGAUUAGCAUCACAGUGGCUUGUGCCCCAGGCCUUCAGGCUAAAGACAAAACAGGCUCCAGUGACCCUUAUGUAACCGUCCAAGUCGGAAAGACAAAGAAAAGGACCAAAACCAUUUACGGCAACCUGAACCCGGUCUGGGAAGAGAGCUUUCACUUCGAGUGCCACAACUCUUCCGACCGGAUCAAGGUCCGCGUCUGGGACGAAGAUGACGACAUCAAGUCCCGCGUAAAACAGAGGUUCAAACGCGAGAGCGACGACUUCCUGGGUCAGACCAUCAUCGAAGUCCGCACUCUGAGCGGGGAGAUGGACGUUUGGUACAACCUGGAUAAGAGAACAGAUAAGUCUGCCGUGUCGGGGGCCAUCCGGAUGCACAUAAGUGUGGAAAUCAAAGGAGAAGAGACUGUAGCUCCUUACCAUGUCCAGUACACCUGUCUGCACGAGCACUUAUUCCAGUACACCACUGAGGACCAAAACGGAGGCGUAGUAAAGAUCCCAGAAGCCAAAGGCGACGAUGCCUGGAAGGUGUACUUUGAUGAAACUGCACAGGAGAUCGUGGAUGAGUUUGCCAUGAGAUACGGAGUAGAGUCCAUCUACCAGGCCAUGACCCACUUUGCCUGCUUAUCGUCUAAGUACAUGUGCCCAGGAGUGCCAGCUGUGAUGAGCACCCUCCUUGCCAACAUCAACGCCUACUACGCCCACACCACCCAGUCCUCCAACAAUGUUUCUGCCUCGGACAGAUUCGCUGCAUCAAACUUUGGCAAAGAACGGUUUGUCAAACUGCUGGAUCAGCUUCACAACUCCCUGAGGAUCGACCUGUCCAUGUAUCGGAAUAACUUCCCCGCCAGCAGUCCUGAAAGACUACAAGACCUUAAGUCUACUGUCGACCUGCUGACGAGCAUCACAUUUUUCAGGAUGAAGGUCCAGGAGCUGCAGAGUCCCCCCAGGGCAAGUCAGGUGGUGAAGGACUGUGUAAAAGCCUGUCUCAACUCUACCUACGAGUACAUCUUCAACAACUGCCACGACCUGUACAACAGGGAAUAUCAGACAGACCCGUCGAAAGCCGUCCCUCCAGAUGAACAGGGUCCCAGCAUCAAAAAUCUGGACUUCUGGUCAAAACUCAUCACACUGAUUGUUUCCAUAAUAGAGGAAGAUAAGAACUCAUACACUCUUUGCCUUAAUCAAUUUCCCCAAGAACUCAAUGUGGGUAAGAUCAGUGCUGAAGUCAUGUGGAACAUGUUUGCACAAGAUAUGAAAUACGCCAUGGAAGAGCAUGAGAAGAACCGCCUGUGUAAAAGUGCAGACUACAUGAAUUUGCACUUCAAGGUGAAGUGGCUUUAUAACGAGUACUGCAAGGAGUUGCCCACUUUCCAGAAGCACGUACCCGAAUAUCCAGCCUGGUUUGAGCCGUUCGUCGUCAUGUGGUUGGACGAAAACGAGGAAGUUUCCAGAGAUUUUCUCCACGGCGCACUGGAGAGAGACAAGAAAGAUGGGUUCCAGGUCACGUCGGAGCACGCUUUGUUCUCCUGUUCGGUGGUGGACGUGUUCUCCCAGCUCAAUCAGAGCUUUGAAAUCAUUCGCAAGUUGGAAUGUCCCGACCCUCAGAUUGUCGGCAACUACAUGAAGAGAUUCGCCAAGACUAUCGGCAACGUCCUCCUUUCUUAUGCGGACAUCAUAGCGAAGGACUUUCCAAAUCAUGUCAAGAAAGAGAAAGUGCCAUGUAUCAUAAUCAAUAACAUCCAGCAGCUUCGGGUUCAGCUGGAGAAGAUGUUUGAAGCCAUGGGAGGGAAAGAUCUCAACCUGGAGGCGAGUGACUUCCUGAAGGAGCUCCAGAACAAACUCAACAGCGUCAUGGACGACCUCAGCCGUAUCUUUGCUGUCAGCUUCCAGCCCCAGAUUGAAGAUAACGUGAGGCAGAUGGGGGACAUCCUAGCCCAGGUCAAAGGUCAGACCGUCCCUGCAAAUGGAAGUGUGGUUCAGGAGGCUGACAACGUCCUGCAACCAAUCAUGGACUUCCUGGACAGCAACUUGUCGCUGUUUGCAAAGAUCUGUGAGAAGACGGUCCUGAAGAGAGUGCUGAAGGAACUGUGGAAACUAGUGAUGAACACGAUGGAAAAAACUAUUGUGCUUCCAACACUUACAGACCAGACGGGAACCCAGAUGAUCUUCAAUGCUGCUAAGGAGUUGGGUCAGCUCUCCAAACUCAAGGAGCACAUGGGCCGGGAGGAGGCCAAAGCUCUGACUCCCAAACAGUGUGCAGUCAUAGAGCUGGCACUAGACACUAUAAAGCAAUAUUUCCAUGCGGGCGGCGUUGGCCUGAAGAAGACGUUCCUAGAGAAGAGUCCCGAUUUGCAGUCUCUGCGCUACGCCUUGUCCCUGUACACGCAGGCCACUGACAAGCUCAUCAGGAAGUUUGUCCUCUCCCAGCAUGCUCAGGUCCAUGGAGGGAAGGGAAUCCGAUAUACUACAAAUGAAGACACCCCACCAGAGAAAGCCUCUGGAGUGGACGCGGUCGGUGAGGUGGUCAUGGGCGUGGACAUUUUACCGCAGCCGAACGGAGAGCACAAGAUCAGUGUCAAAGUGGUGGCUGCCAAUGACCUGAAAUGGAAAGCACAGGGUUUCAGGCCUUUUGUGGAAGUCUACAUUAUUGGGCCUCACCUCAGUGACAAGAAGAGGAAAUUUGCCACCAAGUCCAAGAACAACAGCUGGUCGCCAAAGUUCAACGAGAGCUACCAGUAUUCGCUCGGCACCGAAGUGGGACCGGAGAGCUACGAGCUGCAGGUGUGUGUGAAGGACUACUGCUUCGCCAGGGAAGACCGCACCGUGGGAAUGGCCGUGCUGCAGGUGAAGGACAUAGCAAACAAGGGCAGCGUCACCUGCUGGCUGCCGCUGGGACGACGGGUCCACAUGGACGAGACGGGCCUGACGGUGCUGCGCAUCCUCUCUCAGCGCAACAACGACGACGUGGCCAAAGAAUUCGUAAAGCUCAAGUCCGACCAGCGUUCAGCAGAAGAGGGCCGCAGCUGAGGCGGAAGAGAGCGACCACAAAAAAACAACAACAAAAAAAAAAAACGUGUGCACAAAAACACCAGAAGCAUACCUGACGAGGCAUCGUGUUACACACACAUAACACCCCGCGCCUACAUAGAAAACCACGUGCAAUAUACAAGCACACACGUGAAACUGCUCUAUUGUACAUAUAUCUGCAUACAUUAUGCAACAUCUACAUUGUAAGGUUAUCAAUGCAAACACGGGGGAGUGAGUUUAUAU